AUGGCGCGGGAGGAGUGCAAGGCGCUGCUGGACGCGCUCAACAGGGCAACCGCAUGCUACCACCACCUGGUGCUGACCGUCGGCGGCUCGGCGGACUCGCAGAACCUUCGUGAGGAGCUGCAGAAGACGCGCCAGAAGGCUCAGGAGCUGGCGGUGGCUACUGGUGCUCCGCUGACGACCGCGCUGCGGGACAAGGGCCUGGGCGCCGAGGAGCGCGCCGAGUUUGAGCGCCUCUGGGUAGCCUUCUCCGGCUGCCUGGACCUGCUGGAAGCCGACAUGCGGCGCGCGCUGGCGCUCGGCACCGCGUUCCCGCUGCACGUCCGCACCCUGCGGCACGAGGCGGAGCGCGACUUCGACGUGGGCGAUCUGCGCGAGCUGGAGCGGGAGAUCCUUCAGGUGGGCAGGAUGAUCCACGACAUGGAGAUGAAGGUCAAUGUGCCCCGUUGGACGGUGCAAGCCCGGCAGGCGGCGGGCGCCGAGCUCCUGUCCUGUGCCGGCGCCUCCUCGGCGGGCUUUGUGUCGGUAGAACAGCGCACGGGGCCCUGCGACCCGAGCAAGGCCCUGGCUGCCACGGUUUUCAGCGCCGUGCUGCUGGCGGCUGUGGCCCUGGCGGUGUGCGUGGCAAAGCUGAGCUGACCGACGCCCGACGGGCCCGCCGCCACCGCAGCUCCUUCCCCAGAGACACCCCUCUCCCAGGAUGACCUCUACCGCCAGGACUCGGGAUGGGAGUGGAACCUGGCGUGGCUAAGGGGAGCGGUUCUGAAACGCCGUGUGUGUAGGUGUACAAGCGUGUUUCAAGCGCACAGGUACCAGCAGUACGUGAUUUCCUCACGCUGGCCAGGGAGGAGUUAAGCCG